GCCUACGAAGCUUUGCAGUGACAAGGAAUACUAUUUAAUAAUCAACUCCACAUCAAUGGAAAGCAAUUGGAAUAGCCUAGACAAAACGUGGAGUGGAUCUCGUAGGAGCUCCAUGUAUGACUGCGAUACAUCUGCAGGUCGUAUCAUUUUCAAUACCAUGAAGAACUGGCCAAAGAAUGUUAUACAAAUAUCAGAUAGUGAUGGAGUGACCGUGACUUGUGAACAGGCCCUCACGUGGGCCAUUCGCAUAGCUCAGUUCUUCAAGAAAAAAGGACUAGACCACACGAGCGUCAUUGGAAUUGCAGCUGCAAAUACUACUUAUCUCAUGCCAUUGGGCGUGGCCUGCUUAUUUAAUGCCACACCGUUUCACGCUAUAAGUCCACUUUUUGAAGAAGAAACUAUCAAGUUCAUGUUCACGAUAUCCAAGCCGAAGUUGAUAUUCUGUGACAAAGAACAAUAUAAUAAAGUUAUUGAAGCCACUAAGGAUUGGGGUCCUGAGGUAUAUACAAUAAGCGAACCCUUGGAAGGUAAGCCCAGCAUACAGAGUCUGUUGGAGCCAACGACAACGGAGAUGUUCUACCGUCCGGAGCCCUUGAAAUGUGGUGGCGAUCAAACUGCCGUCAUCCUCUGUUCAUCCGGAACAACGGGAAUGCCGAAAGCCGUGUGUAUAUCAAAUAAUGUGUUCAUGCAGGAUAACUUGCUUGUCAACAGCGAAACGGUUUUCUUCAUUCAGAGUGGUCUGGAUUGGCUUACUGGACUGUGGGCUUUCAUGUUCAGUGUGGUAUACGGAAGCACUCGCAUCAUAUCGAAUAAGCCCUUUUCCCCGGAGAACAUCGUGCAGUUAGUGCAGAAAUACAAGAUAACUUACAUGACUCUCGCACCUGUUCAAUUGGCCGUCCUUGCCACUAGCCCCAUUGCUAAUCCCGAUGCUCUGUCCUCAAUACGUAAUAUGAACUACGGCGGGAGUAUUGCUUCCGAUGCGACUCUAAAGCGCAUGAGGGAAUUGUGCAAGAAUGCGACGUUCAACUCAGCCUACGCGAUGACCGAGGUGGGAGUGAUAACCCUUAAUCUAGGUGUGCAGAAUGCAUCAGCUGCCGGCAAGCCUAUGCCUGGCAUGAAAAUACGGAUCGUAGAUGACGACGGAAAAAACCUGGCUCACAAUGAGGUCGGCGAGAUCCUUGUGCACACAGGCAUGCACUGGAACGGCUACUAUGACAAUCCCGAGGCCACAAGCCAAAUUCUGGACAGUGAUGGCUGGAUCCAUACCGGGGACUUGGGCUACUUCAAUGAUGACAACUUACUACAUGUAAUUGACCGCAAGAAGGCAAUGCUUAAAUUCCAAGGAAUUCACUACUGGCCCAAUGAAAUCGAGAAUGUGAUCAAGGAGCUGCCGCAAGUUCAUGAUGCCUGCGUUGUGGGCAUACCUGAUGAUGUGCUUGGCGAUGUGGCCGCCGCAUUGGUGGUUAAAAGUCCAAGCGGCAACAUCACCCAAGAAGAAAUUAUGAAUCACGUAGCCAAACGGUUUGUCGCCACACAUAAACAUCUACAUGCCGGUGUUCGAUUCACUGAUAAGCUGCCCGUCAACAGCAAUGGGAAGACUAUGCGAAUUGCGGCACGUGAACUAUAUAAGUCACUGGAAGCGACAACAACCAAAGGAAACUAAACAUAAAUAAAAAAUAAUCAGUUUGAAUUCGAUUACAAAAAUCUUUUAUUGAGAUAAGGAUGGCUUAGCUACACUUCAGUUUAUCACAAUUUAAUUUGAUUAGACUUUCACUAGGCGUAUUUCAAUUAAUGGACUAAAAACUAAAAUUAAGUGAUUUUGCAAGCUCGUAGGAUACUCGAGAAAUGUAUUGUAUUUUCAAUAAAAUGGAAGUAUUCACUCAUAAGAACUUAAA